UGGACACACACACACACACCGAUAGAGCUAUAAUGUUUUCUGCCAAUCUCGGCAUCACGAGACAGUCACCCAGAAGGGCAUGAAGUCAGUUCGUCUGCACGUGCACGGCGGGACACACAUUGACAGAUACGAAGAAAAGAGCGGUGAACAGCUUCACUGUAAUCGCGUCUCUGUCUGCUGUCCAUAGGUCGAUCUGAAACAGCCAACCGGGAUAUAAAAUGUAGCCAGCGAUUCCAAGGGAAACGCCCUCCUCCUUCCACACGCACACACACACACACACAGAGAUAGAGAUAUAUAUACAGACACAGAUGGGGAACGGGUUUGUGGGUGCGUACGUGGGAUCUUGAGGCUGCUCUCCCACACGCAGCGCUGCUGGCUCGGAAGGUGUUGUGGCGCUCCUCCUCUCCCCUAGGCACCUCCUGUCGUGGUCGUGACGGGCUGGUGUGCUGCUGUCUGUCGGCGGGGAUGCGCGGCCAACACCACGCGUCGGAUUGUUCUUAACAGCAGCCGUUUAGUCACUCAUUUGGCGGGGCGGGCGGGGCAGCAGCAGCAGCAGCAGUGGCCGCAGCCACACAGGGGGUUGACCCACCAGGGGCACAUGUGGCUCUCGUCGCCGCCGCCCGCCUCCUCCCCCUCGAUGACGACCUCCCUGGCCUCAGGUGCGGGCGAUCCCUCGGUGAUGCUGGUGUGCUGGGAGGGCUCCUGAGACGUGUGCUGCUGCGGGGUCGUGGGGGUGGUGUCGCCGCUGCUGGUGGGGUUGGCCUCUUUGAAGGCGUCGAUGGCGGCGUCGACAGCCAGGCCUCGCACCUGUGCUCCGCCUGCAACAGCUUAGCCGCCUGGGCCUGCUGCUUCAUCUUCUCCUCCUCCGCCCUCAGGAGCUCCCGGAUCUCCUGCCGCCUCUUCUCCAGAAAAGCCUCCUUGGCCUCCAGCUCCUGCCGCCUCUUCUGGGCCCGCUCCUCCUGGGCCCUCUUGAGCUCCCGGCGCUUCUCCGCGAUCGCGGCCUUCCGGGCAGUCUGCCUCUCGUGGAGUUCCUGGCACGUGGCCCGACGGGCCUUGCGCUCCUUGGCGAGCUGCAAGCCAGAUGGACACCAAGGGAGAGAAGACACACACACAGAUCUUUCACUAGCGCAUGCAUCCCCGCUCUCAUCGCCAUACGUACCGGGUGUGGGCGUCCUAGGCUUCCCUUGGCCCCCUCCUCCCACUUGUGCACCCUCUCGAGCAGGUCGCGGGCCUCCUUCAACGCUACGAACGCGCUGCCGUCCCCGCCCUUGUCGGGGUGUUUGUAGUCGCCGGACUGCACACACAGCCAGCACAUUCAGCCAGCCACCAGCUCUCACGCCCGCCCCCAGUGCACGUGUGGACGUAACAGCGCCUUCUUCUUGUAAGCGUUCUUGGCCUCCUCAAACUCCGUGAACCACUUGACGCCCAGCGUCUCGCUGGCGGCCUGGGCGCCACGGAGGACUCCUGGCUCGAGCUGAGGGCUGCUGCAGUUUGCCAUGAUGGAUGCACCUCAACAGCCAGACUACCCUGAUAUACACACACCCAGCAGGCAUGAUUGAUCAGAGGGCAGUGGAGUGCAGCCACGUGCUGUGCCUGACCUCUUGCUGAGUCAGCGCGAAUGUCUGUUGCUGUGUCGGCGGGUAUCUGGAGCCGUGGUGGAGGUGGUCGGGCUGGUUGGGGUAGGAGGGAGUCACCCACGACGGGAAGCCACUGCCAGACACUGACAACGAGUGGAAGCGAAACACACACACUCUCUCUCUCUCUGUGUGUGUGUGUGUCUGUGUGUGUGUGUGUUAUCGCCACGUACCAAUCGGAUGACUGAAGUCCAUGCGGAAGGUUAUCUCCGGCUGCCCGAUGACCCGGGGCUCGUACAAACGCCUGCCGACCACACACGACAAAUACUCAUAUGGAUCCCCUCCCUCCUCGGCUUCCUGUGUGGCCUACUGAAUGAUCUGAUUGUCGGGGAGGCACUCAUCUAUCGGGUUGAAUGGAUGGAGCCCACACGCCACUGAUUCUGACCCACAUGCACCACAACACACACACGCAUACAAAUCAGACAUAUAGACACACAUACACGUCUUGACUUACCUCCCGAGCGGCAUCUGAACAGCGACAGAGGGCCACGAGUCGGACCUGGAGCGUACCCAUGGCAUCCGCCGCGUACGUCGCCUCCUGCUGCUUCAAACCGAUCGCCACCUGCACGCCGUAACGCCAAACCACACACACAUACCCACGGUAAAUGGACGGUGGUGCUGGUGUGCUGGGAGGGCUCCUGGGGCGUGUGCUGGGGGGUCGUGGGGGUGGUGUCGCCGCCGCUGGUGGGGUUGGCCUCGAUGAAGGCGUCGAUGGCGGCGUCGACAGCCACGCCUCCCACCUUGACCUCCGCCAGCAACAGCUUAGCCGCCUGGGCCUGCUGCAUCAUCUUCUCCUCCUCCUGCGCCCUCACGAACUCCCGGAGCUCCUCCCGCCAUUUCUCCGCAAUCGCGGCCUUCUGGGCCUUGAGCUUCUCGUGCAGCUCGUGGCACGUGGCCCGACGCGCCUUGCGCUCCUCGGCUAGCUGCAAGCCAAAUAGACACCCAGGGAGAAAAAGCACACACAUAGAUCUUUCAAUUGCGCAUGCAUCCCCGCUCUCAGUGGCAUCUGUACCGGGUGUGGGCGUCCUAGGCAUCCCUUGGCCCCCUCCUCCCACUUGUGCACCCUCUCGAGCAGGUCGCGGGCCUCCUUCAACGCUACGAACGCGCUGCCGUCCCCGCCCUUGUCGGGGUGCUUGUACUCGCCGGACUGCACACACAGCCAGCACAUUCAGCCAGCCACCAGCUCUCACGCCAGCCCUCAUUGCACAUCCGGACUUACCAGCGCCUUCUUCCUGUAUGCCUUCUUGGCCUCCUCAAACUCCGUGAACCAGGCGACACCCAGCUUUUCGCUAGCGGCCUGGGCGCCACUGAGGUCUCCUGGCUCGAGCUGAGGGUUGCUGCAGUUUGCCAUGAUGUUUUGCGACAAAGAGAGGGGACGCCCAGCC